AUGCUUUUACAAAAUUCCCACGUAGUGGCUCAGCAAAAUCAAGCUACUGCAAAUAUUCCAAAUGAAGAAAUUAAAUUCACUGCUGAUAUGUAUCCACAUUUAAAAAGGAAUCCUAAUUUCAAGAAUCUUUCUCAAGAUGAUAUUUCAUAUUUUCAAUCGAUUCUACCAUCAAACGCAUUAACAAUUGAAAAUGAUAGUAAUCAAGAUGAUCUAACUCCUUAUAAUGUUGAUUGGUUGAGAAUACACAGAGGGAAAUCAAAAUUAGUUGCAAAACCUAAAACUACUGCUCAAGUUUCUAAUAUAGUCAAGUAUUGUAAUGAGAAAAAACUGGCGAUUGUACCCCAAGGUGGAAAUACCGGUCUAGUUGGUGGUGGUAUACCAAUAUUCGAUGAAAUCAUUAUUAGCACCAAGAAUUUAAAUCAAAUAAGAGCGUUUGAUCCUAUAUCCAGGGCCCCAGAUGAUUGGGUUAUUCCCUCCUUCGAAGUGGGAAAUAAGGGUACUCUUAUAUGUGACUCAGGUUGUAUUCUUGAGAUUCUCGAUGAUUAUCUUGCAGAAAGAGGACACAUGAUGCCGUUGGACAUAGGAUCCAAGGGGAGUUGUCACAUUGGUGGUAAUGUUGCUACAAAUGCUGGUGGGGUUAGAUACGUGAGAUAUGGUUCCCUACAUGGAUCUGUAUUAGGGUUAGAAGUGGUGCUUCCUGAUGGAACUAUAUUAGAUAAUCUUUCAACCCUACGUAAAGAUAACACCGGUUAUGACAUUAAACAGCUUUUUAUUGGUUCAGAAGGAACGUUAGGAAUAAUUACUGGUGUUUCAAUUUCAGCAUCACGACGUCAUAAGACAAUUAACCUUGCUGUACUUGGCUUAAAUUCCUUCAAGAGUAUCCAAGAUGCAUUUAUUACAUCCAAAGAAAUGUUGACAGAAAUUUUAUCAGCAUUUGAGUUCUGGGAUGCUCAAUCACUUAAGUUGGUAAAAACUCACCUCAACCAGGGAGCAAAAUUUCCAUUAGAUGAAUAUCCUUUUUAUGUAUUAAUAGAAACAGGUGGUUCCAAUAAAGAUCAUGAUGAAGAAAAACUUGCUAAUUUUUUAGAAACUGUUAUGGAAAAGGGAAUUGUUGAAAAUGGAAUUAUAGCUCAAGACAAUACGCAAAUGAAGAGUCUCUGGUCAAUUCGCGAAGGAAUUCCUGAUGCUUGUGCGAAAGCUGGUUCUGCGUACUUCUAUGAUAUAUCUAUACCAAUUCCUGUCAUGUACAAGAUUGUCGAAGAUGUUAUUAGUAGGUUAAAAAAUGCUGGCUUAUAUGGAAAACCUGUAAUGGAUGUUAUCGGAUUUGGUCACGUUGGAGAUGGUAAUUUGCAUUUGGCAAUCACUGCAGAAUCAUAUUCUCCAAAAAUAAUUAAUUUGAUUGAAUCAUGUAUUGGCGAGUGGACAGAAAAAUACAAAGGGUCUUUGUCAGCAGAGCAUGGUCUAGGUCUAAUGAAGGCAAAAAUUUUAAAAAAUUCUAAGCCAAAAGCAAUGGUAGACAUUAUGAGACAAAUGAAACAUAUUUUGGAUCCAAAUGGCAUUAUGAAUCCUUAUAAAUUCUUCCCUUACAAAUAA